GGAGUGAGAGGAUAUAUCGCUGCCGGCACUCGUUAUCACAGUUCACUUGCUUCACAGUCGCUCUCUGUAUUGUCAGUUUGUCGGAUCAGUGGUGAAUUUCAAAGUCUGGUCCUCUGAUGCAGCUUCCGGUGUCACCAUGAUCACCAGAAUACUGCUUCUGCUGUUCUACGGCAGCGCUUUUGCCACAGGAGAUUCCUCGCCAGCAAAAUGCGCUUCGUACUGCUUAGAUAACUCGCUCAUAUUUGAGAAAGAUGCUACGUUAGAGUACUCAUACUCUGGGUCAGUUGAAACGAUCUUGACAUCUCAAGAGACGCUAGACAAGGAGCGUGGUGAACCUCUCGAGCUCAACGCUACCGUGAUCAUUAGGACCGUAUCGCCUUGUGAGAUUUCGCUUGAGCUGAAAGAUGUAAGGUCGUCCAGCGAGAACGAAGGUGCCUCCUUCGUCGACCUCCUGACCGGCAACCCCUUGAGAGCCUCCUUCCAGGACGGUCGCGUUGAGGCGGUCUGCGCGCCGUCGUCAGAGAACCGCUGGGCUCUAAACGUCAAAAAAGCCAUUCUCAGUGCGUUCCAGAUGCCCCUUGGAGUUCUUGACCAAGAUGAUUUGAUUACGGUGCACGAGACUGACGUUUCUGGAGUGUGCAGAACGCAGUACAAAACUCUAUCAAACGAGGAAAAGACGGUCGUGAGCAAGACGAAGGAUUUGACGCAGUGCUCUGGUCGCAGGGGAAAAAUCAACUUGGAAUUGCCUUAUGUUCAGAACUCAGCAGUUCAUCUUUUGAAAGGGCAACAAGAAUGCGAGCAAACUCUCGCCGAAGGCCGUUUGUUGUCUUCCAAAUGCAGAGAAACGCAGGCACUUGUUCCUUUUUCAGAUAAAGAUGGAGGUGAAAGCGUAAAGACGUUAGUCUCCCAGAUCAUUAAUCUGGAGUCGGUCACUCGGGACGUUUCUGGCGUGGAACCACUUUCGUUAAACUUCAGCCGCUCGUCUCUGUUAUUUGACUACGGAGAAUACGAUGAAAAACUAAGCCUGGAGGCUAAAACAAAGCCCGAGGACGCUCUCGUAGAGGUCAAAACGAUUUUGCACGAGCUUUCCAGCGAUGGCGGUGAAUCAGCAGUCGUAACAGCCGACACAGCAAAAUUGUUUGGCACUCUUGUGCACGCCAUGGCGAAGCUUGACGCAGAUCAUUUGAAACAAGUCGUUACCGAUGAGCGCUUGAGCGACGCAAAAAGGGGAUUUAUCAUGGACGUUUUGCCAAGCCUUGACAGCCACGCAAGCAUCGAUCUGAUGAGUUUUCUCUACAUGGAGAGGGCGAAGCAGAUUCCAAAAAUUAAGUCAUGGAUGGAGAACAACGCUGCUUCUUGGUUCGCCUCGCUGGCCUACUCGCGCAAGGUUGAAAGCGCGUCAAUGAAGCCGCUGCAGAAACUUUUGGUGUACUGUCUGAUGGGAUAUGCGGCAGAGUCAGACGUUUCCAGCAUUGUCUUGGGAAUUACCGGCCUGGCUCGAAAGUACUGCGAAAACUCAGGAGACAUGGACUCGUGUGGAUCGCACGCUUUUGAAAUUCUCUCUACCUUGGAGCAAGUUUUGAUGCCAGAUUCGCAAGCGAGCGAGAAAAUCAGAAUUGUUGCACUAAAAGGUUUAGGAAACAUCGGCGCUUUUACAAAUGGUCGAAUUUUAAGGAACAAAAUAUUGAACGAAUCUCUCAGCAUCGAGGAACGUUUGGUUGCAAUCGAUUCGUUUCGUCGCGUCUCCUGCCCAACGUUGGACACCUGGAUUACCUCCACGUUCCUGAAUACCUUCACAGACACAAGCCAAGACACGGAAAUACGAAUCGCAGCGUACCUCAUGACCAUUCGGUGCCCAACGCCAGCCAUUGUGCGUGCAAUUAAACGGUCCCUCUACUCGGAGACAGUAAACCAAGUCGGCUCUUUUGUUUGGACGCAUUUGACCAAUGGCCAAGAAUCGACAGCAAAAGGGCGGCAAGUUUUGAGGAGCAUUCUUGCCAACGAAUUCCUGCAAAAUAAGUUCAAAACUGACGCACGCCAGUUUUCCCGCAAUUAUGAAGGUUCCCAAUACUUCCAGUCGCUCGGAAUAGGAACCAACCUGGACGCUAACCUGAUUUUCUCGACAAAGUCAUACUUGCCGCGCUCGGCGAUGAUGAACCUGACAGUGGACGUGUUCGGCGAGUCCAUCAACCUGUUUGAGGUAGGCGGUCGGGCUGAAGGCUUUGAACCCAUGGUCGAGCGCCUCUUCGCCAAAAACGGGGCGUUCGAGAACGAAGCUCUCGAGGGGUUCCUGAAGAACGCGCGCCAGGACGAACAGUAUGAAAGCGUGCGCAACAAGACUGUGCCGAUGAAGCGGAGCACCAAACCCAGGGCAAGCGGCUUCCUCAGGGUCAACGGCCAGGAAGUCAGUUACUUGGAGCUUGAGGACGUGGUGAAGAACGCCUACAGGUUCAAUUUCCAGCCGAAAGAGUUGCUGCGGAACCUGCUGAGCAAGAAGGAAGUCGAUUUGCAGCAGUCGGCCGAGCUGCUCAACCUUGAAAGGGAGUUUCCCACGCUGAUGGGGCUGCCACUCAGAUUGAAACUCGCCGGCACGUCCAGCGUGACGCUCAAGCUCAGCGCCAGCUUUGAACGCAAGAACGCGGCCUUCCAGAUGUCUGCGAUGGUCAAGCCGAGCGCCAGUGUGCUCUUGACGGGAACAAUGUCCGUCGGACAGGACGGCUUUGAGCAGGGUGUCCGAAUCGAGGCGUCACUUUUCACCAAGACCAGCGUGGACAACCGACUGAGCGUGACGGAGGAUGGAAAGGUCAGCUUCAAGGCCCACGUGCCUGAGGAGAAGCAGACCCUGAUCGACCUGCGGACGGAAAGACUCACUUUCAAUGGACACUCGGUGCGCAGACUCGGCGAUUUGUCCGACGCACGCGACAACUCGAGUUUCUGCAGCGGCGAGUGGGUGGACGGGCUGUCAGGGCUGCGGUUCUGCUCCGACCUGAGCUUCCCGAACGCGACCCUGGAGGGUGGGGUGUUCCCCUUCAACGGCAACUCCCGCUUGCUGGUCACCCUGGAGAAAAGUGACCCCGACUUUGAGGCUUACGAGUUUCACUCGUCGUGGACGCAUAUGCCUGGCCGCAAGUACGACUACAGCCUCGUUUUCGACCGCGUGGGCUCCGAGCAACGCAACAAGCGCCGCGCUGUAAUCCUAGUCUUCGACAGAGACGCUGGAGUGGCGUCUGCCGAGCUAGACGUCCCAGAAAAACAGGCAGCAAUAUCUAUUCUCUGGGACAACACGGACUUUUCAGCUGGGGAAUUGGCCAUUUCUUAUGACAGAGUUAAUUACGUGGACAUUGUGGCCAAAAUCGACCAUCAGAAGAAAACCAUGUUUGGUACUAACGAGCAGUUUGGAAAAAUCGAGCCAGAAAUCAAGUUCAAGGUGAAGCGUUUGCCAGAGUUCCACCUAAAAGGAACGAUCAACUACUCUGGAAAGUCAAAGUUGACUGCCGAUUUGAAUGUUUCGGGCCUGACCGAAAAGCCGAUAAUUUUGGCGAUCGACUACAACACCGAGGCAAAUUUUGGAGGCAUCAAUGCGAGGAUAAACGUCGACUCUCAGUACAUAACAUGGGACGUGAAAGCCAAUGCGAAAGUUUCUCCCAGCUCGCUCGGACUGAGGUUGAACGGAGUUUACAAUGCGACCGCAGAGAAACAGCAUACCUUUGAAAUAAUAACCAAGUGCAAUUGGAAUCAGCAAGGUGCCCUGAAAAGGGGUUUUCUAAAUUUGAAGAGCAACCUGUCACAGUGGCCUCAGUACAGCGGCCAGCUGCAGACAGACGUCAUGCUGAGCAAAGGUUACUACGAGAGCAACGUCAAACUCUCUUUGACUAACGAGGAGUGGAACAUCACGCAGAGACUCCAAGUAUCUGGCCCAGUUGACGUUUGGCUCAAACAAACUGUUCAAUGCCCACAAAGACAAAUCAACUUCCUCCUGGAGCACAGACACAAAGCAGGACAAAUUUCCUCUGAGCUUUUGCCGAGAAUGUUCUCAACCACGACCCAGCUGAACGUGGAUGAAAAGCAUCGGGCGAACUUCCACCUGGACUACAAGUACAUUGAAGGUGACGGCAUCACCUUCUCUGCAGAGUCCGAGUUGCUGUGGCCGAGGUUCACGUUUUCAAACGGCACGGGGCCGCACCUGCAGUCGCGCGUCCGGCAGGUUUUGCCAGGCGAGUAUGACGUGUUUUUCAUCACGCAGUGGACGGAUAAGCGACCACCGGUCAAAAUCAACGCCGUUUACAAGGACAAAGGGAACCAGAAAAAAUUGAACCACUUUUUGAACGGCACCUUGGCCGGCGUCUUCGGCUUCACCGAGCUCUCUGCACUUGGAGUGCAAGCCAAAUUCCAAGCCGUCAGCCACACGUCAAAUUUUGAAGGCCGAGUCACUGUCGGUGCAAGCGAAAAGUGCGAGUUUGCGGUGCUAUACGAACAUGACAAACUCGAGAAAAAAAGCGUCGCAGCAAAAAUGAACGUCUGGCGCGAUGAGGGUGUCAAAAAGGAAUACCAAUUGAAUGGGACUUUUCAAAAGUCCGAGGAAGAACUUCUCCUCUCCUUUGACGUGCUCAUGAGUCGGCUCAUCUCCUUUGAAUUUAGGAAUGGAGGGGAAAGUGAUUUCAUCUCUCUUUUCUGGGACAAGGCAAACGACGCAAAUAAAAACAUUACCCUUUUGAUCGAACAUCCUAGGACAAACGAGAUCUCCGUCAAUCUGCUCUUUCCAGGGCAGAAUAUUUUUGUCAGCGGGAAUCUCCGAUAUCUAACAGCGACUAGCAAAAGCGACAGUAACGUACACUUGAGUGGUCACGCAGUAAGUGGAAGAGUUGCUUGGUCUCCAGGAAGAGAAAUUUCUUUCGCUGGAAGCUACAAGGGCAACUUGAACUUAGGUUUGGAAGUUUUGGUCGAGGUCAGCACAAAAAAUCUGCCUGUGGUUGGUUCACAUUCGCGCAAACUAGAGGGAGAGUUUACUCCGGGAAAGAGCGAGAGAGGCGGAAGAUUAAUUAUCAAGCAUGCUUGGCGGACCAACGGGCAAAAGCCGGAAAAUCUGGAGGCGCAAAUUCUGAUCGAAAAGGACCAGGAAAAUCUGAAUAUUGAAUUCUCGUUCCUCUCUAGCCUUUGGCAUCCAAAAAGUGUGACGGGAAGAGUAAACAACAACUUUAAGGACUGGACCGCUAUCAGAGGAAAUGUGAGCACGCACUGCGGAGAAGAGGGCGUCUCUUUUGCUUGGGACUGGAACUUGACAAACGGUGCAUCAGUAGCAGUGCAGAGCAAUUGGGAGAAAAUUUCUUCCACUAAAUUUGAGGUCAAAUACAACGUUCCAUCUGAAAGUCACCAAGGAGUUUUGCAAAAUUGGAUUUUGCUUCAAAUGAAGGACAAUAUUUGGAAGAUGAAUGUCAACGUGAAAAAGGAAAAGACUUUCACCACUGGAGAUUACGUGUUUGAAUUGAGAGUGGAAACACCGAUGAAAGAUUUUGAAAACCAUUUGAUUUCGGCCAAGCUGAACAGGAACAACAAUGACGUUGACUUUACAAGCAUAAUUCUAACUCCUCUGAUUGGCGAUUACGCGUUGAACUUGUCUAACCGGCACAUAGUCGAAACAAACAAACUAAAGGCCAAGUUAACAGUUUCUAAUCAGGGCGACUCAGUCACAGAUUUGAGAUUAACCGCGACGCAUAUUCCUAUCAGCCAGGGCGUGGAAGCAGAGAUCUCUCUUUACAUGCCUGACAUUUUAGAAAUUAAAAGCGAAGUCACGGUUGUUGUCCGAGAAGACGGCGCCGACGCCAAAGUGAACUAUUUCAGCAACGACGAACUGUUGCACGACUUUAAGCUCGGCCUAGAGUACGAGAAUGAAGGCGACUGGGACAAACUUAGUGUCGAUUUUUCAGGCUACAGCUACAUGGUAAUGCCCUCGCGGUGGAAACUCGUCGUCAAGCUCGAAGGCACAAACCUUAAUCACACCGGUUACCUCGAGGUCAACAAACUAAUUCUAGAACACAAGUUCGAGUUCAACGAGAAUGAAAGUAGCUGUGCCUUUGACCUGAAAGGAGUGGCGGAUCAAAAGGAAAUUCUGAACGUCGGCAUACUGUACGAGGAUGUACUGGACGGCAAGUAUUUCUUAACCGUGAUGGGGACGCAGGUUUUCGACGUACAAUGCCAAGUCAACCUGGGCUACGUUAACAUGAUGUUCAUGAACAAAGCUCUGCAGAUCUUGACACGGGUUUCAGACGAAAACGAGAUGGAAACUAACACCAGAAUUAUAGCCAGUGGAAAACUGUACGCGACUGUGAAAACUAGCGUCUACUUGCGGUUCAAAGACGACGAAGGCGGGGUAGAGUCAGCAAUAAUUAGCCUGGACGUCGUGUCAGAAAAAAAUAGUGCCAACGUCCAGGUAAACUUGGAUGCUUGGCGCCGACUGGUCACGAACGUGAAAGGUAAAUACGAAGAUCACAAGGCUGAGCUGGAGCUCGACGUGCUCUCCACGAACAACACGCUUAGUUUCAAGUACUGGAAGGUAGAUGACGUAAUUUUUUAUUCGGACGCGUAUGUGUACUUCGAGAUUCCGGCAGCCGCAGUCGGCGUGGUAAUCCACGAGGGACCAUUCAAGUUAAGGGCGGAAGCUGAAGGCGCCGUUGACGAGGACAUGGUCGUUUACGCCGUUGCCCAAGUGGACUCGGACGACUCUAUUUACUUCCCUAUGUCGGUGAAGGCGCAGUGGCAACUGCCGCAAGACGAUCCUAUCAAGACUGGAGGGAGAGUGAUAUUCACAGCUCCAGGCAACUUAAAUAUCAAGUUUUCCGGCCACCUUGACUACACGGACGCAAACAAGUACCUGAAUGCAACCCUCCUCCAAACUAUGGGCGAAGGCGAACAUUAUGAAGCGCACACCUAUGAAGUGCUUGCGUCGCAUAAAACCUUUGAGAAGCAGUAUUUGUUUGCGCGGUACCGUUACGACGAAGAGAAAGUGGAGGUCGAGGUUAUGCUGACGGAAAUGAUGCUGGAAACGAAGCUGAUAACGCCGAUUCAGAACUACAAGUACGUCAGCCUGAAGGCGGGCGUGGCGGAAAGGUCGGAGACGGAAAGGCAAAUUCUUGAAUUCGUCCGAGACGAAUACAUUAUGAAUGCCGAACUUUUAUUCAAGAAGAACAAAAUGAUUGGCUCCGCAAAAUCCAACAACGGAUUCGAGUUGGAAUCUUCCAUGACCAAGAUCGAAACUGAAGCGUCAACUGAUGUGGCCAUUGAAGUGGUGUUAAACAAAAUUAGCCGAGUCGAGGCCGGAGUAUACAUGCAGUAUGGACAAGGAGUCAUGGAUGUUGCAGCAAACGUGACCAGAAACGGAGAAACCCACAGGAUGCAGUCAGUGAUAAUGAACACAUCGGACAAAAAACGGUUUGGUAUAAAAACUGAAUACAUGAAGAAGCGUUAUGAAAUGGAAAUAUAUUCAACAAGGGCGAACGAAGGAAAUUACAGUCAGGGUUUUAGAUUAGCUACUCAAGGGUUGGCAUCAGAGUUUCACUACGAGAAAACAGAACAGAGUUCCGCAGCCAUCUUCAAGUAUCAAGAGCAGUACCUGAAAUGUCAGCUGAAUGGCUCGACAACAGCCGGAUCUCUCCACGUCACGCAAAAAAAUGGGAACGUUGGAUCACAAAUGACUCUUGCAUUCGACUUUGAAGGAAAAAUUGACACCGAGUUCAGAGUUCGACUAAACGAACAGCUUUCUGACAGCGACGAAGUCGAUAUUCCUUUGUUCGCUAAAGCUAUUGUGCGUCCGGGCCAGGAAGUACACCUGAGCUUCUAUCACGGUGGAUCAAUUUACCUUUUCGAGGGUUCAAUCGUGAAAAAAGAAGAGGAAAUAAAAAUCAACGGAGCAACCAUUACUCCAUACUUUGAGGCAAUCCGCUUGAACGCCAGCUACAGCUUUGAGAGCACACAGAAAUGUAUCAACACGCACUUGGACAUCGGAUCUGAUUUCUAUGAGCUAAAGUCUAACAUUUCGAUGGAUGGAUCGUACUCUAUUGAACUCAACAUGGAUGCCAAGUCCUCUGUACCUGACUAUGAAGCGAUAAAAAUUAAAGGUGGCUUCAGCAACAACGAAAAAUUCAAAGGAGUGCUGCAGAUGAUUUUUCCCACGAACACGUACAAAAUAGCUGUUGAAUACUCGCAAGAAGCUGCAUGCAGUUUGAAGCUCGAAACAGAUGACAAUGAAUAUUUGUUUAAGUACGUCAGGUUGGAUGACAACACGAACUUUGUCGAGUACUUCCGCGACCAGAAUCAACUGCUGAACUCGACUUUUGUGUUUGCGAACGAAAGCCUGCUAGUGACCAUCAUGACUCCUUUCGAGAGAUUCAAUAAUUUGACCUUUGAUAUUGGUUACGGCGCAAAUUUGCCAAGCAAAAAUUUAGUCGUGCACAAAAACAACGAGGUGGUCUUUAUGGCGCAAAUGUUUCCAAUCGACCAAGAAGAUAUUGCCAGCGGAACUGGAAUUACGGCUACCAUCUACCAGGGAGACCAAAAAUUCGUGUAUGAUGCUCAAUUCUCGAUCGACAACCCAGUGUUUAUUGUCUUGAAACAACACGAAGAUGGAAAUGUCACGAGAGACAUCUUGCAUUUUAGCCUAAACGUGACGGACGAGAAUUCUGCUUCAGGAAAGGCGGAAAUCAUGCUUCCCAUCUCUCCAAACACAAAGUUGCUGGCAAAGGGACAGAUUCAAAUUGAAAACAAAAACGCCGAGUUUAAAAUGAGCUACAAGUUUGACGAGGAAGAGGAAAACAACUUUGCUAUCCACUAUUUCACCUACACUGACAACUACAACAUUUACAACAUAGUGACCAACUUGACGACGCCGUUCAAAGGAUACGAGAGCAUGUCGCUUAGGAUCACGAGUAGCUGGACCGAAACGGUGGUCAAGUUCACUAGUCAAUUGCCCAGCUAUGAAAACAUUGCUCUGAUCGCGGUGCACAGACUGGAGGGACCUCAAAAAGAGCUCUGGGUUCAAUACCAGAACAUGAAGAAAAGUGCGCUUUUCGUGAAAGCGUUGUUCCACAACGAGCCCAACAAUAAACGAAUUGAACUUAGCACGCAAACGCCAUUUUUGAACGGACAGGCACUUGCUUCAAACAAUGGAACAGUGAUGGAAAUUAUGGUAGAGCACGAAGGAAUUACUCUCUGCCAGAUCAUUUCCAAAUUUGAAGAGAUCACGAACGGCAAUAUUUACGAAUUUUCAUUCAAAAAGCCCGAGAAGGUCUUCAAACUGAAGUCAAAAUUGGUCAAGCAGCUCGGUGUUUUGUUUGAAUUCGAUUCAUAUCUUGACAACGAAUUGCUGGCGAAAAUCGAUUUCAUAGUCGACGCAUUGGGAUCUUUCAGCUCUAACAUAACCGUCAAAGAAACACAAUACGAAAUGACUGGAACCUUGAACUGGCUGGAGAAAUCGAUAAACCUUGUCAUUAAAAAUCAAGACAACUUCCAGGCUAAAUUACAAUUCGUUCUUCUAUGGAAAGGAUUUGUUAAAAUAUCUUCCACAGAAAUACAACACGACAUCAACGUCGCCUGGAUUUUUUCCGAAAGUCUCACCAACUUCAACAUAUCAAGAGGCGAAGUCAUGAAAAUGGAUUUCAGUGCGAGCGAGGAUAGCUUAGAAUUCAAAUACGAGCGCAACGGAAAAGAAUACUCCUUCACAUUCGGUCAAACUCGCCCAACUGGAUGGCCAAAUAUUCUUUUAAAAAUUGUGUGGGACGAUGAAAGUUUGAUUGAUUUCUUGCACGAGUUUUUAACUGAUGCGCAUUUGCUGAUCGUCCGAACACGGCUCACGUCUCCUUUCCUCGGCAACCACAAAAACAUGAAAUUCAGUCUAACCCUCAAAACAAAAAGCAUCAUCGAAAUCGAGGCGGAGUUCAAGUGGCGACCAAAAGAUGUGACGCUCUUUACGGCAGCCUUGCAAAUGGACCGACUGGCAGCUUUAGCUUCCGUGGCGUUUGUGUCUCCUUUCAAUUCAAAUUUCACCUUCAACGCACAGUUUGAUUUCUCUGGCGCCGAAAAAACGUUUGCCGUCGUUUACGUCCUAGGCAACGUCGUUUCCAUCGAAGGAAGUAUUCAACCAACUGGGGACGAGCAGUCCAUCAGCAUUAAAUUGCGGACACCAAUUGUCGGAUACAGCACGGUUGAUCUGGUCGCUUCCCACAAGGUCAAUGGCAAAUCACAAAGAGCCGAAAUGCAUUUCACAAAGGAAACCGAUAAAAAGAGCAUCGAAAUUUUCUAUGACGACCGAAAUUUAAAAGCAAACGCAAUCAUCAAUCCUGAACUGCGUUGUGUUUUGUCAGCAACCUAUGAAAAGAAGGAAGGCAUUCACAAUAUUCAAGGCUUUGCGAAGUGGAGUGGUACCAAAGAACCUUUCAAGUUCGAGGGUAGCUACAAGCCACGCGAAAAAUUCUCCAUCUCUUUGACAAGCCCACAAAAUGAAAAAUAUUCGUUUGACCACAAAAUGAUAUGGCAAAAGGAGAAAAAAGCAGUUGACGUUUUUAUCCAGAAAGCAGACGAGACAAUGGAGCUGAGUGGCAGCCUUUCAACUCAAGAGAAUUUGAACGUUCUGAUCGCGUCCAUCAAAUCCACCUGGUUUAGUUACGUGAAAAUUUCAGCGAUUUCAGACAGCAAGACAAAUGAAUUAGGGGGUGCUCUCCAAAUUGAAGACUCCGCUUAUUCGAUGAAGGCUAGCCAAGUGGUGGGGAACACUUACGACAUCAAACUCUAUGACGGUCAGGAGGAAAAAUACAACAUUCAGGUCACGUUUGAAGGCGAAUAUCGUUCAGGGUUGAAAGUGGCAUUGAAAAGCACAACGCCAGGGUACAAAUUCACUACAGACGCUGCAAUAACGGCAAAUGAAGAAAUGCUGCACGUUUCGAGCUCAAUUUCAUGGGGUGAUGGAGAAACAGUCUAUUUUUCACUGAAGAAUUCUGUUAACACGGAAAUCGAGUGCGUCUUGAAUACGGAAAACGUCAAAGACAGCGAAGUCUACCUAUCUUUUGGGUCAAAUUUCAUAACUGCGAUGAUGAGAAAUCAAAGCGAAACCUACAAAGGAGGCUUAAAGUUCGAACUUGGCGAAUUUUACUCGAUCAACGGAACGUACGAAAUCAGCGGCAAAAAUUACGAGGUCCUUACUUACUAUGAUCCCAAUGAAAUUAAACUCCACGUAGCAUAUGCUUGGCCGCGCGACAAAAGAAUAGAGACUGUGAUUGUGUUGAAGCCCGGAGACGUGUCAAUGACUCUGAAAACGCCAUACAUUCAAUACCACAACAUACAAAUCAACGGUAAAUACUCUGAGCAUAUGACCUACAAUGACUACCAAUUAGCAAGUACGGCUGACGCCAAGUGGAACGACUUCCUUGUGACCGUUUCUGGUGUGAUCAAAAGCUCGCAGAAUAACUAUGGCUUGGACGGUCGGCUUGUUUGGGACAGUACUAAUGAAAUGAGACUGAAGUUUGGAGUAAUUGCUAGCAAGCAGGUCAAUUUCGAAUUGAAAACACCAUUCAGAGGGUUGCCCUAUUUCUCAGCACAAUUGGAAGCAUUAAAAUAUCGGCACCUUGUUUCUGGAAUAAGCGGAGUUUUGAGAACACCUUUUGAAAAACUCCCAGUCCUGAAUUUCACCUUCAACACGGUGAAUGAGGAGAUCGAAAUGAAAUUUUCGUUUGAUACGGCUACUUACAAGAACGUCUCCAUUCAUACCAUCCUGAAGAGUAAAAAUGGAAAAUAUCUGCAUAUGCAAAUCCACGCGCCAUUCUUCAGCCACGUCAAACAUCUCAUUGUGAACGCGCGUACGAGCAAAUUGAUUGGAAAAAAUGGACAGGAAACAAUGAUUUCACUGCAUCUUGAUGAGAAAGAGUACAGUAUUCACAACAAUUACACUCUAUUGAAGAGGAGGCUUGACAGUUACGUGUUCAUGAAAGGUCCAAAUAUUGAGCCAAUCGUCAUCAGAUUUGGAGGCCAAUUCGAAAUGGAAUCCAUGGAGAGCUUUGAUUUGGAAACCUAUUUCAACGAUAUUCUGCUCGGAUUCCAGUACAAGUCGGACAAAGAUUUGCUAUUGCGUGGACGAAUUUGCCUAUCAACGAUAAUUCCCAUUCCCAACACUGAUUUCACUCUCAAUCUCGUCCGCAGCAGUCACUUUGAAGGAAGGUUCGAUUAUAGCUAUGGAGAUUUUACUGGUAACGCCCUAGUGAAGAACAAGCUACAAAAAGACUCUCUGGAAACCGUGUUGUACCUAAAUCUGCCUCACAUCCUCAAAUACCCUCUUCAGGUCGAACUGACUGCAAAUUACAACCAACCAAGAUUGCAAUUCAACGGAUUUGCAAGUUUCAUGGCUGAGCACCGACUGGAGCUCGUUAUGGUGCAAACGUCGUUCAGGACGACGCUCAACGCCGAAUUGGACAGCGCCUUUUUCAAGGGCAAGAACAAAUUCGAGCUUACUUUGAGCGGUGGGUCUCUCAGCGUAUCCAUCAAUGACGAAAUAAAAAUUACCGGUAUGAAGAAAACGAACCAGCUCAUGCUCACCCUGAGUCAAGUGUCUUCAAGACAGGAUCACACGCUGACUUACAAUUGGGAUCUUUCGCAACCACCAACCUUUGACGUUACCCUGGAGUCCCCAGUCUUGGCAUCCAAAAAAGCAACCUUUUCGGCUACGUACCUGGGCGCCUUCAAGGGCGUGAACAUCAAACUUGUGUCUGGGUCGGAAUCAAUGAAACUGGAUUACGAUGUGGUAAACCAGACACACUCAAAGGGCCUGAGACUUGUGGUUGGCAACUCGCAAACACAGCUGUUGAAUCUUGCAGCUUACUUGGAUCAAACCAAUAACGGACACAAGCUUCUAGCAGAACUGAAUUUGUUUGAAAUAGACUACAAAGCUGUCUUUGAAUAUUCUUUGCCGGUCCAAAGCGCGAAUCCAAAUUUGGAAGUCAACUUUUUCCUAAGUUUGCCGUAUCUCUUCCCAUUCAGGCUUCUGGAUUUGAAUGUAAAGACUGGAAAAGAUGCCGAGGAAUACUUCAUCAAUUCCAAUAUUGCCAUAGACAACGACAAAGUCAACUUGAACGGAAAAUUGGUCAGUAAUCAACUGAGCAUCGAUAUCUCGUCAACUUUUGAAGAAAUGAGGUCAUUGUCACUGGAAGGCUCGUUCGCGGAGAAAGGAGAACAGCAGAGUGUGAACGCAUUGCUAGUAGUGAACGGCUUGGAGUUUCUCAAAACUAACAUCUCGGUGAUCCGAUUGCUAAAUGGUGUGAUUCUGCAAGUGGAGUCUAGCUCUAAAAUCAAGCACUUUGAACACAUUUUCCUUAAGUUGUCAAUUCCAUCAGAGCAGCGGUUCAGCCUGACUGCACAGUUUGAGCUGAGAGGAACAACACACUUUGACGCUCACUUGUCUCUGUCAUGCAAACCUGGAUACACGAAUAUGGAAAUGAAAGUUACUGGCCUGACAGUUAAUAUGUACCUGACAACAAACCAAGGCUUUUUUGGAUACAAAACUCCAAGUGAUGAAUACAGCAUCAGGAUUUAUUCAAAAUCAUCUGGCCACCAGUUAGACAGCGAAGUGACAGUAAACAGCGGAAAAGUUCAGCUCUUUAAAACUGGUCUCUUUGGAAUGUACUACAACCACACCGACUUUUACAUUUUGAUGAGCACGAAUUGCAUCUACGAGACACUGCCGGAUACAGUCCUCUCAUUCAGCGCCACCAAGUCCGAAAUCAAAUUUGGAACCGAAUUCGACUACAAGAUUGGAGACAAGCGGUCCUAUUCUGUAAUAAUAAAUCACUUCAUGGAAAGCGCUACAAACUUUGACAUUGGUUUAACGUUUGAGAGCAAUGACAAGGAAACAUUCGUCACCAAGAUUACGCACGUUCUGAAAGAAGAUUUGUACAUAGCCCUGGCGCAGGUGAAUAAAGACAUCGUCAAAAUAACCAAAAUAAACCAGAACAACGCGAUUUUGGUGACAGGAACAAUUAUCUGCGCAGAUUUCGCGAGCGACCUAAGUGGAAAACUGUUGAAUGAGAUCAGCAGCAAAGGCGUUGACCUGAAAAUCACAUGGGAUGGAGACCUGUACCAAGCUGGCGGUAGCUACAAUUACAGUGACGGCGAAUUCAUGCAGGCAAAGUUUAACCUAAACUCCCCACAAACUGGUCAGUAUAUCGGUCAGUUAGAAUAUUCAGACACAUCCAACCUGCACGUUUUGUUUGAUCGCGACCAAUCGCCCAUUCUCCUGGUUGAAUUAUCCAGUCAAAAAAUGCGUACUAUGUACAUUUUGCUGAACACGACAUCGACAAAAUUCAUGCUGAGUGAAUACCAAAGCAGCAAUUACUCUUACGAGCUCUUGACCAGUGUAUACUACGAUGAGAAGACGAUUCAAAUGCAAUACGACUAUGACACAUUCCCUGAGAGUCCAGAUUCUUACAGAAUGAACGCUACGAUUGUCACGCCUAUCAGGUCAGUUGGAGUGAGCAGCGAACAAUUCAUUAGUGAGACGUACAACCUGAGUCAGUCGUAUGUAUCGUGGGAGACUCUGGACAAACGAGUUGGCUAUAAGUUUGAAAUUACACAAGAUGACGUGAAAACAAAUCUGAAAACGUCUGUUGAAAUCCCACACCGAACCAUCGACCUGAACACUCACUACAAGUUGAAGAAAGUCGCCGAGCUUACUAACCUAGAAUGCGGAAUUCAAUUUAACUGGAACUCUAAGUUACGUCUCAUUCCGGUCACGUUCGUGACAAACGUUACGCUGGACCACGCGCAAGAAGUGGCUUACCAUUACACGGUGCUAACACAUCCCUCAUUCAACAGCAGCUUCAUGAUCAACGGCAGGAUGACAAAGCCAAAUCCAUACGAAAACUUCUUCAACGUAGAAAUGGGAUCUGUGGAAAACGGAAUAAUGAGUCCAGUUCUCAGGAUCAAUUCGAAUGCUACUCGCAAAGCUCUGUCAAGUCUCUACCAAAUUAUUCUUGAACAUCCAAAGACAGGAAUACAACAGCAGUGGGAGCUUAAUGUUUCCUACGACCGUGGUCUUGCUGCGAAACUGUCGCUGCAGCGUGGAGGAGAAAACCGCGGCUUCAGCUCAGUCAGCUUUGCAUAUAACAGCGCAGGAAAGAAAAUAGAAGUCGGGCUAACUCACAAUGAACUGACGGCUGACGCAAUGGGACUAUUAACUAUGGACAAACAGAACAAAAGGUUUGGAGUGCACGCUUCAGCUUCUUUUGAUGAAUUCAUGCCACCAAUAAUGUUCACGACUGUCGUGGAAAAACCGGAGACAAGCAGUUUCAUUUUAACAUCAGAAAUUAAUUUGGCACUGCAGAGAGCAUAUUUUGGAGAGGCUAAGUGGACACCCAAUCAUGUAUCAGCACAAUUGAGCACGCACGAGUACGAUGAAACUCGCACCGCUUUGCAAGCAGCCGUUACCCUGAACACGACCAACACCCUUUCGUUUGCAGCUAAAUACAAGUCUUCCAUUUGGGCAAAUCUGACGCAGGAUCUUUUGGGAUCAUUUGAGCACGGAAAAAUCAUUGUCAAACAAAUUUCUCGUGGACUUUGCGACACUACCAAAGAGGAAGUGUUUGCACGAUAUGCGUCGAUCAUAAAAUCAGGAGCCGUGAAAAAUGUGUAUCACACGAUCGUGGAACACACGACUUCUGAAAUUAACAGCGUUCGUCAAGACUUGGCUAGUUUCCGGCAGCAAGUUCUGCAGAUUUACAAGAGAGACGAUUUCUACGUGAAAACGAUUACUGAAUACUUCAUCAAAGCUUUCUCUAACAGUCGGCAGGCCUCUUCGCACGCUCUGGCCAAAGUGAAGCAAGCCUUCUUAGACUUCUUCACGGAAACGAUGCCUAAUUUCUACGCAGUCAUGUACAAAAACAGCUUUGAACCAAUCGUAUCUGCUUGCCAAAAAUUCAGUCCAACAUUCGCAAAGUCUCUCAGAAAAGUUUCUUCUAUUUGGAAUGAAAUUUACAGCGGCGGUUCAUCAGUUUUGAGAACCUCCGUGUCAUACAUGCAAGAGGGAGUGAAAAGAAUAUCCAAGCACACGAGCGAAAAUAUGGCUUCUGUCUCAAACUGGGCUGUCGAAACCAAGGAAUGGGUCACCACAGACUAUUUGGAGCCUGGAAAAAGAGACUUGCUGGCAGCGGCGAAUGCUUUGGAGACGUUUUUGAAGGAAAUGAAUGCAUUUUUUGUUUCCCUGCCAAGAGAGAUCGAAAUUUAUCUGCUGUCGCUAGAGGAGGUCCAAGAAGGAAUGCAAAUUUACAAGCAAUACGCCGCCUGGCUGGAAGAAUUCAAGGUUGCUAGAUUGGUUGCCGAGUUUAAAAAGGAGUUUGAUAACCUUACCGAACGUUUCUUGGAGGACUUGAAAGAAUAUUUAGGGGAGCACGCCAUGAUUGUGACGAAGGUCAUUAAAGCGAUAAAAGGAUCUUACGACGAAUUCAUGCAAAUGCCGUCGGUUGUUUACCUGAGAAUGAUUUACUCGAAAGUCAAGGCCAAGGCCGAGUUCAUUUGGGAAGCGUGGGAAAUGAAAAUGUUCCUACAAGAGCUGGUGAUUCGCACAGCCAAUGAAGCGCUCGCGUUCAUCAACAAAAUCAGCUCAUCAAGCGACGACUAUCGGAAGGGCGUUCUGCUCGAGGAUGAGGAAUACAAUCUCAGAUACGAGCCGGAAAAUGGCGAGCUCUCGGGCAGCAUCACCUUACCCGUAACUUGGAAGAGUUUUGACCAGUUGCCCACCUUGCCUGAGGACACAAACGAGAAGUUCCACAACCUCCGUUUCUCCUUAAUGGACAAGGCGUACGAAGCGACCAACCUUGAAAAUCUGCAAGACGCAAUCUGGCGCACAUUGCUGCCGCCUUUCAGAUCUAACGCGCUCAUCACAGUCAACGGCCACGUCAUCACCUUCGACGGCAAUCAUUACAAGGUCAAGAACGUAUUUUGUGGAAGCUAUCUCCUCGCUGCUGACUAUAUGGACAAUACAUUUGCUAUCGUGGCAAGCUACGGCUCUGAAACGGAAAAGAAAGCGGGCCAGCUGUCGUCCUUAACCCUCUACACGCACAACGGAAACAAGGUCACCAUUGAGAUGACACAGGUCUCAACAAGGACAGACGUGGAUGGCCUGAGCAAGAUUUUCAUCAACGGCUCAACGCAGGUGGAGCUCCCCCUCGUCGUCGACGACUUCGAGCUGACGCGACAGGGCCCCAAGGUGGUUGCCCUGAACGAACGAGGCGUCGGCCUACACUGCAACAUCGUCAACGGCAUCUGCUCACUUGAUCUGAGCGGCUGGUAUCACGGAAAAGUGGCAGGGAUCAUGGGCUCCUUCGACAAAGAGCAGAGAAACGACUUUGCCAAGCCGGACGGUCGCGUAUUAGACUCGGUCGUCGAAUUCCUUGAGGAGUGGAAGGUGAGCGGAUCGACUGAUUGUGAAAUGCCGAAGAAAGUGAAGACAAACAACAAUGACGCCGGCGCUGCUGUUUGCGCUCAGCUCUUUUCAAAGUCAUCGUCGGUGCUGCAGCCAUGCUUCGCGCGACUCGACCCUGAACCCUUCCGCAUCAUGUGCGAGCAGGACGCGACGGACGGCGUCGCCAGCGAUAAGGGACCCGACUGCCUCGCAGCCGAAGCGUAUGUCGAACAGUGUCGAUUCGUCGGCAUGGAUGUAUCCCUACCUGCACACUGCUCACGGUGUCGUCUUCCGGGCCGAAGCAUCGCUGCAGGCGACGUAAUAAGUUUCGACAGUAGUCCAGGGUCUAGAGCGCCUCCGCCACCACAGAUCGCGGAUUUUGUGUUCUUGCUCGAACAAGGAAGCAACCAAAACUGCCUGCAAGGGCCCCACCUUGUUGACCUUCCUGCAAAGAUCGACUCGGUUCUACGUUCAACCCUGGGCAUCAAUAGCACCAAAUUCGCGCUCGCCUCUUUUGGCGCAGGCAAGCCGCUCACCAUUCACACCAUUGAGGGCAACAUCUGGAGCGGGCGACGCGGUGUCCAGAAUGUUAUGAGCAGUUUGGAGCUACCAAAGAGCGAAUUGGCGGCAGAUAACAAAGACCUGCGGCAGGCAUUGUUCGCCGCGGCCUCCAAACUGCACUACCGACCUGGCGCCUCGAAAAAUUUGAUUCUGGUGCCGUGCACGUCAUGUGGCAGGUCAGAAAAAACGGCUGACAUAUUCUCUGAAGCCUCAAGCGGACUUGUUUUUACUGAUAUUAAAAUGCACGUGCUGCAGCGGGACGAAAUGAUGUUUAAACGCACCAUCACUAAGAAAACGAGACGUGGCAAAGUGAACCCUGUGAUGGGCCUGGACAGGCACGGCGCAUACACGGGCAGGAGACACAAGGGCACAUCGCUUCCGCUCGCGAGCAAAGCCAUUUUCCGCCAGCUUUCCCUGCCAAAGGACUUGUGCACGCCGCUGGUCAUGGAGACGAACGGAACUCUGUUCUCUGCGUCGAGCUUGUUUGAAAGAGGUGCCAGCGACGAGAAACGAAAGUGGCUGGACGUUUGGUCGCGAAGGGUGGCUAGCUCGGCCAGACCGACCGCCUGCCAGGCGUGCGACUGCAUUCCUUUGCCCGAUGGAGUGUCGAGGCUGUCGUGUACCUCGUGUCUGAUGCCAGAAAUCGAAAUUUUCUUGGAUGACUGGGAACGCGCUUUGGAUGAGUCCAUGCAAGAGGUUUUGGACGAGGACUACGGCUCAGUUGAGGUCGAACUGCCUGACUUAAGAACCAGCGAUAUCGAGGCUCUCAAGAACAUACGGGGCACAUUGUAUCCAGGCAACACAUUUAGUUCUGACGUAGUUUAACUCUUUGUAACCGUUUGAAAAUAUAGAUUAUAUCAUUUGUACGAG